CUACACUGAAUAGUUUUCAAGGGUAACGUCCUUGAGUGUAAUGUAAUUUAGUAUAUGAAUCUAUCCAUAUAUUUGGGAUCCAGCAUACAGUAUUUGAUAUGUGGUAUAAAUUCAGUGAUACAACCCUAUUCUACUCUGUUUUAAUUAUUUUUGUUAUUUUUUUAUUGAAGCAAAGUAUCAUUUUUGUUUUAAUGUUUGUAUAGCUUUCCUGCCUCAUAUUUAGACUAUACUUUCAGUUUUUUAUGGUUGCCAAAUCGACUUUUAGUUUUCAUUUGGAUUACUGCUUUGCUUUGCAGUGCUGAAACUUCUUUGUUGAAGAAAUGUCUUCAGAGUCAGAAAAGGAUAAAGAGAGACUGAUUCAAGCUGCCAAAAUGUUCUUCUUUCAUGUACAAGAUUUUGCUUCUGUCACAAACACGCUGACUGAGUUGUUUAACCGCAGUAUGAAUACUCAAAUCCUUUUGAUGGCUGUGAAAAACAAUAGUAACAUCAAGGAUUUUUUUGAGCAAAUGCUCAAAAUUUUUAAGGAGAUGCAAUCUGUAGUGGAUGCAAAACAUGACAAAAUUCAAAAGGAGUCUUUAGGUUCCAAGGUUGCAAUGGCCAUGUGCUCUGUGGUUCAGAAGGGUACCAAUGUAGAGGAGUUGCAUCAGUCAGCUAAAGAAGUGUUCAAAAGUGCCCAUACACCAGUCAUCAUCUCUGCGCUAAACAGCAGUAACAUCCUUGGGAGUUUGGAAUCUUCUCUUUCACACUUGAUGAAAUUCCCCAUCAUGAAUCUUCAAUUAAGUGACUUCUAUACAGAAGACACCAAAGAGCAAUCAGAUGUCACCACAUCGGAGAGAACCAGGAGUCCAGAUUCUUCCAAAGCCACUAUGAUAGACAUCUUGAAAAAACUGCAGGAUGCACUAAAAACUGAGGAUUCCAAAAAUCCCAUAGAGUCAGCAGCAGAUUUGUUGGAACAAAUUGUCAAGGCUAUGGGACCAAUCUUAGAGAUUCUCCGAAAAGCCAUAAAGACUAUGGAAAUGAAUAUUUCUGUGUUUAAGAAAGCCAGUGACAAGUAGGGAUACAACAGAACUGUUCAUUUCUGUCAGAAAACUAAUUCAAAUCUUAUGGUUUUUCAUUGCGGUUUCUAAGAUCUUUUGGUGCCAAACAUGGUAUGUUAGAACAUAGUACACGAAAGUCAUCUGGCAAAACAUUUACCUGUAGUUUUGCUUUAUUAAAAUAAAAAUAAAUAAU